AUGGUACUAUCAAAUGAUGAACGAGCUUGUAUUGCAGGAAAGCUUCGUCAAGGUGUUCCUGUGGACCGAAUAAUGCAAGACAUAAGAAGUACAAGUAAUCCAGAUCCUGAGAAGUUUGACCGUAUUCAUUAUACAGAGAAAAAGGACGUACGUAAUAUCCAACGUGAUUACAAACUUGGAUAUCAUACAAUGAAAUUUCAUGAAGAAAAUGCAUAA